UCAGGAAAAAAGUACUAUUUUAAAAUAAAAUAUUAAAAAAAUCAAUUUUUUUCCUGAUUCUCUCUCUCAUAAUUUCUCUCAUCGUUUUUUCCAUUUUCUCUUUUCUUCACUUACCUCUCGCCUUCUCUCUCUAUUUUCUUUGCUCCAUUCAUUUACUCUUGUUUUUUCUAGAAUCUUAUUAAUCAUUAUCAGAGAAGAUGAUUAAUUUGUUUAAAGUGAAAGCAAAACAAAGAGAAACUGCUGAAAAUGCUAAUGGCAAGCCGCCUGUCAAGAAACAAACAGCUGGAGAGUUGCGUCUUCACAAAGAUAUCACUGAGCUGAACUUGCCAAAGUCGUGCACCAUAUCCUUUCCCAAUGGAAAAGACGAUCUGAUGAACUUUGAAGUUACCAUUUGCCCUGAUGAAGGAUAUUAUGUAGGUGGCACAUUUGUGUUCACUUUCCAAGUUCCAUCUGUAUACCCACACGAGCCGCCUAAGGUCAAGUGCAAGACGAAGGUAUACCAUCCUAACAUCGACCUAGAAGGUAAUGUCUGCCUUAACAUUCUAAGAGAAGACUGGAAACCUGUUUUGAGCAUUAACACCAUCAUCUACGGGUUGUUUCACCUCUUCACGCAACCAAAUCACGAAGACCCUUUAAACCAUGAUGCUGCCGCUGUGUUGAGGGAUAAUCCAAAAAUGUUCGAGUCUAAUGUUAGAAGAGCUAUGGCCGGGGGUUAUGUGGGGCAAACGCACUUCACUCGGUGCAUCUCUUGAGUGUUCCGAGGAAAUGAAUGUGAAUGCAAAAUGUGCGCUUGGCUUCGUGAUUAAUGAUUGCUAAAUCCAAUCUCUGUACUGAUUCCUUUGGGAGUGUAUUUGGUAUGCUUGUUAUACUCUGUUUCAACGAGAAAUUAGCCGCUUGGCUUGAAUUUCCAUGGUUUCUUCUGAUGCCUAAACAUUGGUCAACUGUAAGUUAUGCAAACAUUUGUAGUUUUUGUUUUUCCUCUGUUAAUAUAUCUACCAAGAAGGAGAGGACAAAUCUCGUUUUGUGAGGACAUUAAA